AUCUAGCCUCCUAACAAUCCCUAACUUUAAAUUCUCUGUUAUUCAUAAUACUUUUGCCAAAGAGUUGCCUGCAGAGGAGGCUAAUAAAUAUUCUCUCUCUUGAAAAAUCGCCACGAUUUAUUUUCCCCACGACGUUUUUUUACUACGAGUACGAUAUGGGCUUUUACAAUAAAGCGUCUGUUUUUUUCUACGUCGUUAAUCUCUCAGCCUGGGAGACUUAAUCUCAUGAGUCGUAAGCGUAAUGCCUUUCGUCUUAAUUCGUAAGAGCGAGAUUUCCUCAAAAUCUGUGUUUUCGCUGCAUGUAAUUAAUGUCCAUGGUCAAACAGUGUUAAUUAUUGUGGUGAAAAAUAAUCAAUCGUGCUGUGUUAUAAUUAUGGUGCCGCCAUUUCUUAACAAUUGCUGAGCAUGCGUAGAACUCACGUUGGAAAUUCAACGUGAAUCAAUUCGAUUUCUCCAGAGCUAUGCCCACCCUUAACCUGCGAACGGGCAUGCUCGGGAAACGAGAUUGAUAUAGCCCUUGAUAUGUUAUUUAUAAGGUGUGACAGAAAGAAUGCAUCAUUCGAGGCUGGACCACUGCACUGGAAAUUUCGCAAGUCAUUUUUCUUCAAACUAAAGGUACGUCUCCUAUAAGUUAAACAGUAUUUCACAUUAAGAAGGAUAGAUAAUAUGAACUGUCUCGCUUAGGCAGAUAAGCAAUAUUAGUGCGCGAUGUUUUUGCGACGUCAUCUUACACAGAACGAUUUUCAACGACGAUUCGCAAUGCAAAAUUACACGAAAUUUGAUUAGUUCGACAGCCAACGGCGUUGGGAAUUGGCGUUGUUUGGAUCCGGGCAACAUCGCCUCAAUGUCAGUUUUUCAGAAUUAUCUAAAAAACGCGCAAUUUUUCAAUUUAUUCAAAGUUUAUAGUUUCAGUUUGUAUCCCAUACGUCAGACGUCCAUAUUCCGCCAAAACAAGUGCGCAAUGUUGCUGUGCCAAAAACGUUUCUCCAAGACAAACCUGUACUACUAUAGCACUUCGGUAUUUCAAGUACACAUAAUAUACUGUGGAGACAGUCGAGUGCAUGCAAUACAGCGACGGUUUACAGUAACACUACGUACUACUUAAAACACGAGCAGGAGUGAGGAGUGCCUUAUGUACUAUUUAAAAAAACGAGCAGGAGUGUUUUAUUAGGUAUGUCACGCUUUUUUAUCACAUAAUUACUGCUCAAUGCACGUUUUAAAAUCUUUAAUCUAUAGUUUUCCGUAAUCAUAUCUUCCAAAUAUGCAUCACUAUAUGAAAUGAAUUUAAUGAGGUUACAUAGUAACCAAGGUUAAUAUCAUAGGAACCGCGCGCAGUCUGGGUACGACAGGUGCCCUCAGGAUAUCGGAUAUAGAGAGUGCCAAGCAGACUCACAGGUCAUUAGCUAAUUCAUAGCCAACUGCAACAGUAAUCUGCUUAGAGAAGAAGCCAAAAAAAUUUUUUUGUUCAUAACAGCAAUUGACUUUCGGUUUAAUUUCCAUCGAACACUUAGUUCGGUGUGGUAGGGUGCAGACGUUCGGUGGUCAGGUCCUGAAUGGACAGGUUCACGUGAUUCGGACCUGAAUCCAAGUAACUCAAAUCCGCAGAUCAUCAGCUGACCACGUCUGCACCUAACCAUCCACACGGGAAAGUAUGGUGACGACAGAUAUUUAAUUAUGAUUUUAUCACGCUGGGAUUACUGAAUAUUGACCGAACUAAGUGUUCGAUGGAAAUUAAACCGAAAGUCAAUUGCUGUUAUGAACAAAAAAAAAUUUUUUGGCUUCUUCUCUAAGCAGAAUUUACGUGGUGUUUCCACAAACAAAAACAAUUAUAUUUUAUCGCCAUGCAAACAUUCAAAGAACUUAUUACUGAAUAUUGUCUUGCAGCAAAUUAUUUGACAUGCAUGGUAUUUUUGCAGUGUAAUCAAGGUGUAACAGCUGAAACGACGCGUCAUUCGAGAUUUGAAGACUGCGCUGGGGACUUCUCAGAUCCUUCAAAUUUAAGGUAUGCCUUCUAAUUUUUACAAUUUUUCACAUAGUGUACCACGUAUAUAUACCAGUAAUACCUACAGAAAUACAGGGUACCAUGUAUUCGUG